UUUUGUAGGAGCUCAUCUCUUGUAUAUAAAUGCUUGUGGUGUUUUGUUUUCUUAUUUUCGUCCUCUAUCUAUUCCUCACUAUCCAAUAUCUUCUAAGCUCUUAACCAUGUCUGCCUUUGUUGGAAAAUAUGCUGAUGAGCUUAUCAAGACAGCCAAGUACAUUGCCACUCCAGGGAAGGGAAUUUUGGCUGCAGAUGAAAGCACAGGCACGAUUGGCAAGCGUCUAGCUAGCAUAAAUGUUGAAAAUGUAGAGUCAAACCGCCAAGCUCUCCGGGAGCUCCUUUUCACCUGUGGAAACGCCCUUCCCUUUCUUUCCGGCGUCAUUCUCUUCGAAGAAACCCUUUACCAGAAAACUUCUGAUGGAAAACCCUUCGUAGAAGUCCUUCAAGAAAACAAUGUCAUUCCUGGAAUCAAAGUUGACAAGGGCACUGUUGAAUUAGCAGGAACUAAUUCUGAAACCACAACGCAAGGGUUUGACUCGCUUGGAGCCCGUUGUGCGCAGUACUAUAAGGCAGGUGCCCGAUUCGCCAAAUGGCGUGCUGUACUUAAAAUAGGACCUACUGAGCCCUCAGAAUUGGCAAUUCAGCAGAAUGCACAGGGAUUGGCUCGUUAUGCAAUAAUCUGUCAGGAAAAUGGGUUAGUGCCUAUCGUAGAGCCUGAAGUUUUGACUGAUGGACCUCACGACAUUAAGAAAUGUGCUGCUGUGACUGAGACUGUUCUUGCAGCAGUUUACAAGGCAUUGAACGAUCAUCAUGUCCUUCUCGAAGGCACACUCCUCAAGCCUAAUAUGGUUACUCCUGGUUCUGAUAGCCCUAAGGUAACUCCUGAGGAAAUUGCAGAGUACACAGUUACUGCACUACGCCGAACAGUUCCACCGGCAGUUCCAGGCAUUGUAUUUUUAUCCGGAGGCCAAAGUGAAGAAGAGGCAACCUUAAACCUGAAUGCGAUGAAUAAGCUGCCAGUGUUAAAGCCAUGGACUUUAUCAUUCUCGUUUGGGCGUGCUCUGCAACAAAGUACACUGAAAACAUGGGGUGGGAAAAAAGAAAAUGUGGGAAAAGCACAAGAAACGUUCUUGGUGAGGUGCAAAGCUAAUUCUGAUGCAACUCUUGGAAAGUACACCGGAGGUGGUGCUGGUGGUUUGGCUUCUGAAAGCUUGUUUGUUAAAGGGUAUAAGUAUUAAUUAAUUACAGAUAUUUUUUAUUUAUGGGCUGGUGAUUAUAAUAUUUAAUUAUGCAUCUAUAAUUUGUAUUCUAAUCAAUUAAUUCUCUCCUCACCAUGCUAAUUGCUUUUGGUAUAAUUUAUAUAUUUGUCUUUUACAGAUCGAUUAUAUAUUUACACACACUUGUGGCC